AUGUGGGAGGCAGACGAGAUUGCGCGACUUUGCUACGAGCACUACGAGACUCGACUACCCAAGCAGGGGAAGCCAGAGCCUGAUCGCGAGUGGACGCUGCUCGCAGCCGUAGUGAAGGUGCAGUCCACAACGGACCAGGCCUGCGACAGCGCCGACAAACCGGUGCCAGUGACAAAGGAAGUUGUCUCCAUGGGAACUGGAACGAAAUGCAUCGGCCAGUCCAAGAUGAGAAAGAGUGGAGACAUCCUCAAUGACAGCCACGCUGAGGUCAUCGCCAGGAGGAGUUUCCAAAGGUACCUCCUCUAUCAGCUGCAUGCGGCAGCCCUGAGGGAGAAGAGCAUCUUCGACCUCGGGAUGCAGAAGGGCUUGUGGAAGCUCAAGCCAAGCCUUGAAUUUGUGUUUUUCUCCAGCCAUACACCCUGUGGAGAUGCCUCCAUCAUCCCAAAGCUCACCCUGGAGGACCAGCCGUGCUAUCCUGUCAGUGGAAAUGGUGCCUGGACUCCCUCGUCAGAAAGCCAAGCUCACCCUGAGGCUGCCGAAGAAAAGAGUGGAUGUGAGGGCCAGGAUGGUCCCACUCACAAAAAGAUGAGACUGGACCUUGCGCCUCCUGCCUUGGAAGCUGCCACAGUCCCCAUUGCUGGCUCUGCCCCCAGUGGGAACCAGGUGGUGGAUGUUUACAGAACAGGGGCAAAGUGUGUGCCCGGAGGAGUCGGGGACUCGGGCCAGCCUGGUGCUGCCUACCACCGGGUGGGGUUGCUGCGUGUGAAGCCAGGCCGUGGAGACAGGACCCGCUCCAUGUCCUGCAGUGACAAGCUGGCACGAUGGAAUGUGCUUGGGUGCCAGGGGGCACUGCUGAUGCACUUCCUGGAAGAGCCCAUCUACCUGUCAGCCGUAGUCAUCGGCAAGUGCCCGUACAGCCAGGCCACCAUGCAGAGAGCACUGGUGGGCAGGUGUCAGAAUGUCUCGGCUUUACCCUCCGGCUUCAGAGUCCAAAAAUUGAAAAUCCUGCAGUCAGACGAGCUGUUCGCCCAGAGCCGCCAAGCAGUGCAGGCCAGGAGGGCAGAGGGCACCAGCCGUCUGGUUCCCUGUGGCGCUGCCAUCAGCUGGAGCGCAGUGCCUGAGCAGCCCUUGGAUGUCACUGCCAAUGGCUUUCCCCAGGGAGUAACAAAGAGGGGGAUCCAGAACCUGCAGACAAGAUCCCGAAUCAGCAAAGUGGAGCUCUUUCGAUUGUUCCAGAAACUUCUCAGCAGCAUCCCUGAGGACCAGUGGCCAGACUCGCUCAGGGCACGGACACUUGAGACGUACCAAGAGUAUAAGGAAGCAGCGUCUGCUUAUCAGGAGGCGUGGGCUGCACUCCGGAACCAGGCCUUUGGGUCCUGGCUGCGAAACUCAGCCGACUACCACCAGUUUCCAUGACA